AUGUACACGAUGGAGCUUCAGCUCCCAGGAGGCGUUCUUCGGAUGCGCUUUGCACCCAAUCUACUAGAGCUUGCGGUCUCAUUCACGUACGGCCUCAAAGAUGCUCUAUUAUGCCCCCGACAAAUCAGCGGCUCGCUGAUCACUUGCUGUAGCGCACAUGCUUGCCUUGGUGAUCAGUACCUUGGUCUUCCUACAGUGGGCGGUGACGAACCUCGGGCUGGAAAUCGAGGACUGGAGGACGAAUCGGAGGCAAACAGAUACGACAUGGAAGAGCUCGAUGACAGCAGCAAGGAUUUCCAUACUGAAUUGGAUAAUACAGUAGACGAGUGUGGAUUACCGGAGGAAAAUGCGCAGAGAAAUGAGGAUGUUGACAGCAAAUACAAGCAACUCGACAACCGAGCAACCGAAAGACUCGAUCUGUCGCUCGAAGAACUAUACGCAAAACUCUUGCAAGACGUCGAAAACAAUGACGAAGAUGAGUUUGGACAGAAAAUCGAGCUCUCGGCUGAAGAAUUCCUUGGACGUGUAGCUUGUCAAGAUGAGAGACGUGCCGCUCGAGAUGCCGGCCGCGAAUAUCAAUACGCUGGAAAGGAGCUCUAUGCCAUCACCACAUGGCGAUUGCCAACUCUUGCUUCCAGCUACAAGCACGCCCUCGCCAAAGAAGCUUGGAAGGCCUCCUCAUCUUCCCUUUUCGGUCACGCUCCUACUGAACCAGUAGAGUUCCUUCCGUUUCCACGGCUGCCAGUCGAGCUCCGACUCGAAAUAUGGGAAAACGCAAUUCCAAAGCAAAGAAAAGUGGCAGUCAUUUCCCUAGAUGGAGCCUGGUCGACUCUGUAUUCUACUAGAGGCAGGGUCGAAAGGGGAACGGCCUUUCAAUCUCGAGCUCUUACUCAAGUCCCUGCAAUAUUACAUGCCUCAAGGGAAUCGAGAGAAGUAGCCCUCGGACAUUACAAGCCUUGCUUCGGUGCCCACUUCGAUGGGAAUCCUGUCUACUUCAACAUAUCCGAGGAUAAAUUACUCUUCCAAAACUAG